AUGUUGCUUUCGCUAACCCCACGGCUGUUGCUUGGGUCAUUGUUCUCUCUAUCAAUAUGCCGGCUAUCUCUGGCCGUUGUUUUCACCAAUUCUGAUUUCUCAGUCCAACCAAACAAAGCUUUUAAUCUAAAAUGGGACCAAAACGAAGGACCUGUUACCCUGAGUGUGGUGACUAGCACGUCGGAUAAUGCCCAGCAGGUAGUUACCAUAGCGGAACUCGCCCUAGGGAGCUCGCGAUACUGGACCCCGAGUAGCAGUCUGCAGUCGGGAACAUAUUAUUUCAGAAUCAAGGACGAAGUGACAGGGGAAGUCAACUAUUCUCCAGUAUGGCAGUACUCGACAACCAGCAGCUCCUCAGAUUCGUCUAGUCAAGGAAGUUCAAGAACCACCUCGGCGGCUUCACGUAGCUCUAGUGUGUCAUCAGAGAGCAGCCAACAGGCCUCAACGAGCCGUUCGACAGGAACUUUCUCAACCUCUACAAGGUCGUCAUUCUCAACCACUCUGGUAGUACCUGCGGGAACUGGCGCAGACAAUGAACAAGCAACGAGUACUAGCAAACCCACGUCAGAGACACCUUCUUCGGGUCUUUCGACCGGGGCGAAGGGAGGGAUCGGCGUCGGCGCCGGUAUUGGUGGGAUUCUCCUGCUGGCUGCGGUCGCGUUUUUGUUCUACAGGAAGGGCAAGUCGCGUGCCGAGAGGCAGAACGCGUCAAUGACACAGGGCCAGGAUCCUUCAGCGAGCCAGGAGCUAAGAUCACCGGCGACGCAUCGAUCUUACCCGGAGCUGGGCGUUAUAGAUGAGAAGCCGAUAUCCGAAAUUGCUGGGAUGCCAGUUGCCGAAGUCCCUGGCGCCAAUGUUCAUGUUAAUCCUAAUACUCGAAGCAAAUUUGUUGAACUGCCAUAA